AUGAAUGGAGUGAGAAAGCGUCGAUUUCCGGUGAUUGUUGCAUCAUGUUCCAUCCUGGUAUUGGUGGUUUCCGUGGUUACCGUAAGCAAGGUGUUCCGAGAAUUUUCUAAUCAUCCUUUUAGGCUCAACAAGUUUUUGAUGAAAUCGACAGCCAGCUUUCGUGAGGCGGCAGGUAACAUACCAUCCAAACUUAUUCUAUUCAAAAUCCGUUCCAAAUAUUUUGUUUCAGACAAUAUUCCAACAACAACAACCCAAUCAAAUUCAAUUCCAACAAAAUCGAAACUUUUACUACUCCCAUCAGCUUCUCCACUUCGUCAACGAAAUCUCUUCACUCGCCAAAUCAGUCAUCGUCAUCGUCCCCGUCAAAGGUCAUCUUUGAAAUCAUCUCGAACUACUACCCAUCCAGCUCAUCUAACCACUCGCCGUGUCAUUCCAACCUUAUCCCACAAAAGAACUCGUUCUCGAACUGGGCUAUCUUCGUUUUUUCGCACUAAACCAAACGUCACUACGCGUGUUACUUCUUCUAAUCAACGAACAACGACAAUCAAGUCUAACAUUUCCAGACGACAACCGUUCAUCCAAAGACAACAACAGUUUCGAUUCCAGCCGCAGAGGGUUCAGAGAGUUCAGACAUUGCAAAGAGGAGGCUCGAAUCAAAAUGCACAGUUUGUUAUGCGACCAGGAGUACCUAGAUCACCAUUUGCGAUUCGAGCUCCGUUAUCCCCAAUGCCAUUUGGCUCAGUCCAAAGAACUCCUUCGUCUCUCCGUCGUCCGGUUUCCCCAAAUCGUUCAUCUCUCCGCCCUCCUCUUCCUCCUCAAUCUCCAUCCCCUUCAACUCAAAUUCUUACCACUACCACUCCAAUUCCAUCUACAACCCCUCCUACUUCCCAUGUUCCAACUACUACCCAACCAGUAUCCCUUCCUUCGACCACCCACGUAGCCACAGUUCAUUCCGUUGGAGGAUCUCUUCGUCGUCCGAUUCGUGUUCAACAACUUCAACUCAAUCUUCGAAGGAAACCCCAAAUGACACGUGGACAAUUCAGAAGACCUAACUCGAAAAACUUCCCGUUGACUCGACAUCAACCGACUCAUCGAGUUACAAAACCUGAUAGAGUGACUAGACCGAUAGUUUCGACGACUACACUAGAACCAACGACUACAUCUGAAGAUGUGUCCUUUACUGUUGCUGGAACAACUCCAGAAGGGAUUCAAACACAGCAAAGUGAACUCAAAAAAGUAGAUGACAUUGAGGCAGCAAUCCUUCAGGCUGUCAUUGAGUCAUCAUCUCCUGAACCACCUCCAUCUUCUACAACUCACCGCCCACGAAUUCAUCGAAUCCGUCCUGGACACAGACAUCGCCCAGAAUCGUCUCCACCACGUGUUGAUGCUAUCGAGGAAGCUGUUCUUCGAGCAGUUCUUGAAGCAACACCAGCCUCUCCACCUUCAGAAGACGUUACAACCACUCCAGUGGAGGAGACCACAACGACGACGCUGGCGACGGCGAAAACAGAAGAAACAACAACUCAAAAACCAGAAUCGACAUCGCUAUUCCCGGCAUUUGCCAGCAGACGACAUGGUCACAGGCGCCCAACUACAGUAAUCCCAAGAACUAUGGAAGUGACAACAGAGCCAACAACUACAGAAAGUACAACUACAGAACUUGCCACAACGACUAAAACCGAUGCAACUACGACGACUUCAGAAGAAUCAACGACGGCAGUGACAGAAGGAACGACGACAGAGCAAGUUACAGGCAUAACUAUUGCUCUUCCGGAAGAGGAUUUUGAAGACAUCAAUGCUAAGACGGAAACAGAGAACCAUCAGCUUAAUCAAAUCGAGAAAAACGUCAUUUCAGCUCUUUCCACUCCCACAACAUCAUCUGAUUCAUCUUCUCCUUCUCCACCUUCACCCCUCCCACCAAUUCCAACUUCUUCUCCUGUUCCUCCAUCCCCUCCGGCACCACCGCGCGAGUUCGCUUCUCUUCAAGCGGGUCCACCUGGUUCGAUGCCUCCUUCUGAUGAUAUUGUCGACGAGCUGAAUGGUUCUUCCGAUUUCUUGCAAGUAGCUCAACGACUUCACUUGCUACGGAGACUUCUUCAGUGA